AUGUCUGAGGCAAGAGAUUAUGAAUUUGUUGAUUUAUUAGUAGAUGCAGAAACUCCUCUUUUCCCUAGUUGUACAACUUACACGAAGUUGUCAGCAAUUGUUACAUUAUACAAUUAUAAGUCUACAAAUGGUCACACUGACAAUAGUUUCAAUGAGCUUCUUAAGAUCUUAGGUGACAUGCUUCCAGAAAAAAAUACACUUCCAAAGGAUGUUUACUCAAUGAGAAAGUUGUUAAAACUAUUUGAUUUAGGAUAUGAGAAGAUUCAUGCAUGCCCAAAUGACUGUUGUCUAUUUAGAAAGGAGCUUAAAGAUUUGGACUCAUGUCCAAAGUGUGGUUCUUCAAGAUGGAAGGUAGACAAAGUCACCACCAAAGUUUGUAAAGGAGUUCCUGAAAAGGUGCUACGGUAUUUUACUGUGAUACCAAGAUUGAAAAGGAUGUUUAAAUCAGAACAAAAGGCUGAAGACUUGAUUUGGCAUUCCAACCAUAAAAGUCAUGAUCAUAUGAUGCGUCAUCCAGUUGAUUCAAUAGCUUGGGAUACGAUAAAUCAUAAGUGGCCAGCUUUUGCAUCAGAUCCUAGAAAUCUCUGGCUUGGUCUUGCAACAGAUGGAUUCAACCCUUUUGGUGAUCUUAGUUCUAGAUAUAGUUGUUGGCCAGUUAUUUUGGUAAAUUACAAACUUCCUCCGUUGAUGUGCAUGGCGAAGGAAAAUCUUAUGUUGACAUUAUUGAUUCCAGGCCCGAAGCAACCAGGAAAUGAUAUAGAUGUAUACUUGGAACCCCUAGUGGAGGAUCUGAAGGAGUUAUGGGACAUUGGUGUGGAGACGUAUGAUGCAUUUAGCAAGUCAGUGUUCAAUAUGAAGGCUAUUUUGAUGUGGACAAUCAAUGAUUUUCCAGCUUAUGGAAACUUAGCUGGAUGUGCCACAAAAGGGAAAUUUGGUUGCCCAAUAUGUGGUGAAGGCAUAUCUUCUAUGUGGCUUAAGUAUAGUAGAAAGUUUGCAUAUUUAGGGCAUAGGAGAUUUCUUGGUCCUAAUCAUCCAUUCCGUCAGAAGAAGAAGUGGUUUGAUGGGAAUAAAGAGACAAAAGGAAAACCUAGGCCUCUGAAUGGAUUAGAAAUUCUUAAUGUAUUGAAAGACAUUGAAAAUGACUGGGGUAAAAAGAAAAUGGGUAAAGAUAUCAAUAAUACAAAGAAAAAGAGGAAGGAGCGUGAUGGUUCAAAAAAAGUUCAAAAACCAGUUCAAAUGUGGAAGAAGAAGUCAAUAUUUUUCAAUUUGCCAUACUGGAGUGGGCUCCUGCUACGUCAUAACUUAGAUGUUAUGCAUGUUGAAAAGAAUGUUUGCGAGAAUAUCAUAGGUACAAUGUUAAACUUAAAGAAAAAAUCAAAAGAUGGUGUUAACGCUCGCAAAGAUUUGAGGUUGAAGAAAAUAAAGUUACCUGAUGGUUAUAGCUCAAAUAUUGGUAACUGUGUUUCUUUAGAAGAACGAAAGCUUAUUGGGUUGAAAUCUCAUGAUUGUCAUGUUCUUAUGCAACAAUUGCUUUCAGUAGCAUUGAGAAGUCUUUUACCAAAAGGUCCACGUAAUGCUAUAUUUUUGCUUUGUGCAUUUUACAAUGAGUUAUGUCAAAGAGUGUUAGAUAGGAACCGUCUAGAACAACUCGAAGAGAAUAUUGCUGAAACUUUAUGCAUGUUGGAGAGGUACUUUCCACCAGCUUUCUUUACCAUCUCUGUUCAUUUGACAAUUCAUUUAGCAAGAGAGGCUCGCCUGUGUGGGCCAGUUCAAUUCCACUGGAUGUAUCCAUUUGAAAGAUUUAUGAAAAUGCUUAAAGGCUAUGUGAAGAACCGAGCAAGGCCAGAGGGUUGCAUAGCUGAGUGUUACCUUGCAGAAGAACGAAUGAUGCACAUUGAGGAGCUUAAACAAACAGAUCGUCGUUUCUCAAAUCGGAUUCAAUGGCUAGCACAUGGUCCAAGAAAGCAUGUUAUAUCGUAUACAGGUUAUAUUAUAAAUGGACAUCGGUUCCACACAAUUGAUGUUGGAAGGUCGACACAAGAUAGUGGUGUUUCAGUUGAAGCUGAUACUAUUUGGCAAUCUAGUUCUACUGAUUCACAUACAGUAGGAAGACUAUCGUACUAUGGGGUUAUACGAGAUAUUGUGUUACUAGACUAUUAUUUUUUCAAAGUACCUGUUUUUAGGUGUGAUUGGGCUAAUCCUGGAACUGGUAUCAAAAUGGAUGAUGGUUUUACACUUGUCAACUUACACCAAGGACUAAGGACUUUUGAAAAUGAUCCUUUCAUUUUAGCAUCACAAGCAAAGCAAGUUUUCUAUUCUAGGGAAAAUGAUGAAUCAAAUUGGUAUGUGUUGCUAAAAGUGCCACCUCGAGGUAUUCAUAACAUGGAUUUGCUUGAAGAGGAUGCAUAUACAUCAUCAAAACCUCUUGAUGUGUCCAGACUUGAGAUUAACAUUACUGAGAAAGAACCAUAUUCCAGAAAUGAGUGUGAGGGAAUUGAUGUUAUUGAUAUCCCAUGA